AUGCCAACAAACGGGCAGGCCUUGAUAUCCUUCACGUUUGUCUUGCAGGAUUCUAUACGCAUGGACGACCGGGAAUGGCGAUUCACCGUCCCAAAUCUGCCGAAUCCCCAAGUGCUGGAAAGCCAGCGACUCGUCAAGGCAAUAUCACUAAUCACAGACGGCUUGAAGCAGAGAAUACUACUCAAGCUGGAGCCCGUUAGACUUAAUCGGGCCAUCAGCGGAGAACCUUUGUGCAAGUUCCUCUUGGUCUCUUUAGCCCAGUUCAAGCCACCAAGUCGGCAGGCCUCCUUCGAAAACAGUGAAAAGUCUCUCCAGCCUGCGAGCCCUAAAGAAUGCAGCGAAUACUCCACCCGCCUCCUCCGAGCUGGCAUCUGGAUCCAAGGAAUACACUACAACUUCUAUGGCCAUAGCAACAGUCAGUUGAAGUCCCGAACAUGCUUCCUUUUCGCUGCUCGGAAGGAGGAGAUUACUAGAAAGGUUGAGGCGCUGGGAGAAUUUACCAAAAUGAAAACGGUUGCCAAGAAGGCCAAGCGCAUUGGCCUUCUCUUCUCCGUUGCCCAGAUGGCCAAUAUCGUGAAGCCGGAUAGAUGUGAAGACAUUCCAGAUGUCGAGACCGCCGACUACAUCUUCACUGACGGCUGCGGCCUGAUCUCACCGCGCCUUGCCCAUGAGCUCGCCGCCAAGGUGAGAGUCGUGUUUAGGGAUAAACGCUAUACGCCUUCGGUCCUUCAGAUCAGAUACCGAGGUUACAAAGGCGUUGUCACGGUGGAUCCCAGAAUGACCGAUGGGCGUGUGCUGCUGAAAUUGAGAAAAUCUAUGAAAAAGUUCGCCGGCGGUGAUGAUUGUUCAUUCUCAGUGGUGGAAUACUCCAAACCGUAUACUUAUGGCUUUCUGAACGACGAAGUGAUCCUGCUGCUUUCCGCACUGGGCAUAGAUCGAAAAGUCUUGUUAAGGAAGCAACAAGAGCAUUUCUGUUUUCUCAAGGAGGCAACCCAGACCCCACGAGCCGCCUUCCGGUUUUUGUGCUCCAUCAACAUGCCCGAUAUUGCUGAGAGACUCAUCAUGGAUUCACUCGAUUCAGUCCGGAAUAAGAUACGAACCCAGGUCAAUACCGAAUAUGACAAAAUGCUCAACAAGAGAGAAGAGCAAAAGUGUCGGAUUCUCAUCCCAAAUUCAAGGCUACUCUUCGGAGUCUGCGAUGCAUGGGAUGUCUUGAAGGAGGGGGAAUGCGCUGUCAAAGUCACCAUGGAUGGGGACGGUAUGCCGCGUGCUCUGGAGAACACGGAGGUGCUUGUGACGCGAAAUCCAUGCUUGCACCCUGGAGACCUACAGAAGUUCAGGGUUGUUGCGAAGCCCGAGCUGGCACACCUCGUGGACUGUAUCGUUUUCUCCACACGCGGAAAACGACCGGCCGCAGACCUGAUGUCAGGUGGUGAUUUGGAUGGCGAUACCUUCUUCGUCUGUUGGGACAGAGACCUCAUACCAAGCACGCUAUCGCAAUCAGCGCAGUACCCAGGCGUUCGUGAACCCGUUAUGUUCAGGCCGAUUUCUGACGAUGAUCGCCUGGUGUAUUUUGCAAGAUACACAAACGCCUCUCUGGGACGGGUCAAGAAUCUGUACCUUGACUGGGCGAGAGUGUCUGGCCCGAUGAGUGCGGAAUGUCAGCAGUUGAAUCGCCUAUUCUCCCAAUGCGUCGACGGUAACCGCAUCAAAAUCCCACCCCAGCUGGAAAUCGUCCCCAGGCCCCAGCCUGGCGAUACCCCUCCUUUCAUUCUUGAUGAGCUACACGAUGCCGCUAAGUUAUUGAUAAAUGACCAAUCCUCCGAAUCGAAAAUCUGGGAUGGUUAUGAUUUCAGUGCACUAGAGCUUCUUCUAGCUCGCGACAACAUUGCAAUGUCGGAAUUCGAAGCAAUGAGACUGGCGUUGAAGUGGUGCAACAGACACAAUACUCCCAUCGAUGACUUCCUUCAUCUAUUUGACUUUAACGUCAUGUCCGCCGAGGAGAAGGCUUGGAUCCUCGCCCAACUACCACCAUCGAGCCACACACCGAGUCUGGUGCUGAAUGCUCUGUGCUCAUCGGAUCUGCUCCAAGAGGACGAGUUGCGUCAAUUCAACCUGCAACAUCCCGGGAUAAGAUGGCAGCGCCUGUACAGCUCUUCAUGGGAGAGACAAGCGUUGUUCCUUAAUCGUGCGGCCAGGGCCUUGCAUCUGUUUCACCGGAAACUUAUUGUCUUCCGCGCGGAUGAUCGUCUUACACUCGCCAUUUACGUACCACAAAAGGUGGAGCCGUCGCAGGAAUGUGUCGUCGACGACCGUGUCCGAGUUUUUGCGUUUCCGCAUUCCCAGGGGCCAGAAACCCAGAGUCGGCUUGUGCUGCCAACAAAGAAGAAUUACCGCCUCUACUGCGACGAGAAUAGCCUCCAGCUGUUUGAGAACCGGCGUGCGAAUACGUGGAUCUUUAUAAAUCGCGGAGCUUCUGAUGACAGCCUAUAUCGAAGCACCGAAGACCGAGGAGAUAGAAGGCGGCAGAAACACUCCACAAUAGAGAGUGGGCUGAAUGUUGACAACAGGGCGAGUAUCGCGCUUGACAAAUUCAGCAAGGGCCUCCAGAGACAUGUUGGCAGAGUGAACAGAAAUGGCAUUUCUGCUUCGAACCUAGACCUCUGGGUGGAAUAUAUCGAAACUGCCGAGAAGUUGCCCUUGUUCGACCAACAUGCCAAGGAAUACGCCAUCCCGGCAAUGAGUACCGGAGACUGGUCCCAAGAGCCCAAAUACAUUGCUCAGAUUGUGGAGCAUAAUGACCUUUCUGGCCUUGCUGAACUUGGAGAAAUCCACAGAUUUGAGGCAUUGUUCUCAUGGCUUCAUGAGCGUGAUCAAAAGUCGUUGCUCCUUCGGUGCUAUGAUCACCUUCUCGCAAAAUUGGCAGACGAUGUACCCCAGCGAGAAGGUUCAGGCACCAUUUUCCAGAAAAUGGUGGGCUUUCUUGCACGUGCCCCCUACUUAUCGAUUGCCUUUGGCAGACUGGUGCAGGGGAGAGUGUACAAGGAGGCAAUAGCCGCCUUGCUCGAACGAUCCGCAUUCGACAUACUCCGCGCGUUCAUUCUGUCCGCGAAUCAAGCCGAGGAGUUUGUUGCGACGCCACUACGAUCUUUCCUUUCGACUGUUAAGCUUAUGAGUCUCUCUGAGUUUGCAGAUCUCGUACAGCUUAUCUCGCUGACGGUAAGAUCUCCAGAGGUGGCGUUGGAUGUCCUCCUCGGAUGUCUUGAGCCUGAAGCUACACGGAUCCUUCCUGGAGAGCCGCCGUUGGUCCAGCAUUUUGUGCGCAAUCUAAUAGCAAACGCCCUGGACCAUAUCGGAGAGGCUGCGGAGCAGUGCCAAACAAGGGACGAUCUGCUUGAGAUCAGACUCCUUGACGAACAGGAAGACGGCUACGCGAUGGUAGAAAUACCGUUCAGGAUUGAUGCCGCAGGUGGCACGCCGGAAACAUCAGCCCACGUUCGUCUGACUGCGGCAAGUCUUCCGACGAACGUGGUGGUGGGCAGGCCAUACUCGAUCGACGCCCUCGUCAUACACUCUCAACAAGGGCUGGCCAAGCUUGUAUGCUAUCAUCCGCCCCCUCCUUUUGUUCGAGAUUGCUCGUGGAAGAUGCAGAACUGCGGCCCUUUUGUCACCACGAAGACGACUUUCGACGCCAUCCGCACAUUUGCCGUUGAGUUUGAAGCCUGCUGCGGGAUUGCACAGCAAAUCCUCGGACUGCCUCCUGUGAUACUGGACCCGGCAUUGAAUAUUGCACCACCUGAAUAUUUACCCAAGGCACACUUGAACAAAAGCCAGAACGCAGCCGUAAAAACGGCUUUGAAGUCAUCUUUGACCUGUCUUUGGGGACCACCAGGGACAGGCAAGACGGAAACAAUCGUGGAGAUGAUCAGAGCCCUGCAGGUCCACUUCGAGGGGAGUAGAAUCUUAGUCACAGCCCCAACCCACAAUGCGGUGGACAAUGUUAUGCGCAGAUACAUCACGAAGACCGGCAGUAAGGAUCGAGAGAAGAGAUUUCCGCUGCGUGUCUCCACAGAUAUUCGCAGAGUGGCCCACGACCUCAGGGAAUUCACUUGUGAUGCUAUUGCAGGCCAGGAAAUCUAUGCGAGCCCUGCUGCCGUCCGACAGGCAAAGAAGAAGAUCAAGAGCUGCCAAAUAGCCUUUACAACAUGUAUCGGAGCAGGUCUUGGCCUUCUGCGAGCCCAAGAAUUCGACAUUGUCAUCAUCGAUGAAGCUUCGCAGCAAACAGAGCCCGCGUCUCUGGUGCCCUUGGUCAAAGGCUGCUCGAGGGCCAUUCUUGUCGGAGAUCAUGUCCAACUUCGACCAACAGUACAGCAAAUUGCGCUGACAGUGGACUUUGAUGUUUCGCUCUUCGAGCGACUAUACACGUCCGAUGUUACCGGAAUUGGGCAGGCUGGAGAGUCACAGAUGUCGGAGAACAGCGUUAGCUUCAUAUCUAGGCUUAUGCUGGACACGCAGUAUCGCAUGCACAAGGCCAUCUGCGACUUUAGCUCGGAUGAGUUUUAUGACGGCAAGCUCCGCACCGGCAUCACUCCAGAGUCGAGGCCACUGUUUGACUCUGCCUUUCCAUGGCCGAAGUCCGACUCAGCAUCCCAUCUUAGGAAUACCGAGAGAGCACGAACGGUAUUUAUCGAGUGUGCGGCACGUGAGGACUUCAAAGGAAAGUCAAAGAGCAAUCAGGGCCAGGCGAAUCUCUGUGUUGAGGUCUGCAGGUUGCUCUGUACUGUAGCGGCAGCAGGCCCACAUGGUGUCGGGGAGCAGAAGACGCAGCCCGAGGCGGGAAAGCUGUCCAUCGGCGUGCUGACCCCGUACGCGAAGCAAGUGGAGCUCUUGAAGCGUCUGCUUUCCGGACUAUCUCACCAGGUUGAAGUCUCAAGCAUCGACGGGUUCCAGGGCCGCGAGGCCGACAUCAUCAUUCUCGUCACAGUCCGAUGCAACGAACACCACGAGAUCGGGUUUCUGAGAGACCUGCGCCGCCUCAACGUCGCGCUGACACGGGCGAGGUCGGGGUUGGUCGUCAUCGGGAACCGCGCCACCUUGACGACGGAAGGGGAUACGUCGGAUCCAGAGAGCAGCGCCACGUGGAAGAGGCUGCUUGAGGUAUUCCGCCCUGUCAUUAUCGAGGCGUCGAGGAACAUCACCGUUUAGUUCAAAGAAAUGUACUUG